GUCACCCACGCGGACCCUUCCGCAGAGACCCGGCCGCGCGCAAGUUGCCAGGCGGCCCCGCAGCGCGGGGAGUCCUGAACUUUGCGGCAGGGUUAACGCGCUCCUACGCCGUAGGUUGCCGGAGAUGCCCCGCGCGCGCUCUGCAGCUCUCGGGCGUCGAGGGGCCGCGCCUCCCCCCGGGCCCCGCGGGCUCGCUUGGACCCCCGGCGCCCCGCGCACCCGCCGCAGGAGCGGCCGUCAGCCCCGGCUGCGCCCUCCGCGGCGCGCCGCCCCCAGUCCCCAGCGGGUCGCCGGGCUGAACUGCGGAGGGGCGCGCCCCAGAUUCCGGCCCUGCCCCGACCGCCCCAUCCCAUCCUCCCCGCCUCCACCCCCCAACCCGGGAGCGCGCAGGCGCAGCCGCCCGGGAGUCCGGCCAACGGUCCCGGAGACUGCGGUGGCGCCCGAGCCGCUGCUGCCACUGCCACCACUCGCCAUGGGCCCGGGUCCCCGGCUGCUGCUACCUCUCGCGCUCUGCGUGGGACUCGGCGCGCAAGUGCCUUCUGCGGGGGCCUCGCGCGUCGGCAGGCGAGGCCCCUCGGUGACGGCCAAGGUCUUCUUUGAUGUGAGGAUCGGAGACAAAGAUGUUGGCAGAAUUGUGAUUGGCCUCUUUGGAAAGGUUGUGCCCAAGACUGUGGAAAAUUUUGUCGCUCUGGCCACAGGCGAGAAAGGCUACGGAUAUAAAGGAAGCACAUUUCAUCGCGUCAUCAAAGAUUUCAUGAUUCAAGGAGGAGACAUCACCAGUGGGGACGGCACCGGCGGUAUAAGCAUUUAUGGCGAGACAUUUCCAGAUGAGAACUUCAAACUGAAGCAUUAUGGCAUCGGGUGGGUCAGCAUGGCCAACGCUGGGCCUGAUACCAAUGGCUCUCAGUUCUUCAUCACCUUGACCAAGCCCACCUGGUUGGACGGCAAACAUGUGGUAUUUGGAAAAGUCCUUGAUGGAAUGACAGUGGUCCACUCCAUAGAACUGCAGCCAACUGAUGGGCAUGACCGUCCGCUCACCAACUGCACCAUCGUCAGCAGUGGCAAGGUAGACGUGAAGACACCCUUCGUGGUCGAGGUCCCUGACUGGUGAUACAACGGGCAGAAAACAAAGAACACACUCUGGCAGGGAUGCGUGCGUGUGUGUGUGUGUCUUUUGAUUCUCCAAAGUUAUUGUUUGCCUUUCUGUUUUGUUUUGGUUUGUUUUUACUUCUGUUUUCUACCCCCGAUCACAGGGAAGUUCAGAACAUCAGCCACUCAGUGUUUACUUUGCAUGAACUGCAGUAAAUCACUUGCCUUGGGACUUUGCACUUAGAAGACAUAUCCUCUUUCUCCAAUGGUGCUAUUUUUAAACUAGAAGACUUUGGAUGAUCUCUUUUCUUUCUAUGAGCACAAUCAUUAUUCUGCUGAAUUAAAUGUGAUCCUCAGGUUGAGGGAUGCUGAAGAUGUGUAUGAAGAAGAUGGGGACAUGAAGUUUGUUAUUUUAUAUUCAAACAAAUUCUCUGCAGGUAAAGAGAGAUGUGACUAGUGCAAUCAGAUAAAUGUCAUCGGGACUUUUACCUGGUGGAAGGUGCUUCUGUGUUCUCUAUAUUAAAUGCUUUUUAUAUAGGUCAA